CCCCCCCGCGCGCCCCUGCGCCCCCGCCCCCCCGGCCGGAGCGGGGCGGGCGGAGGAGGGAGCGGCGGCGGCGGCGGCGGCGGCUCUGGCAUUGUGCGCGCACCAGCAGCCCGGCCCGGGAGGAGCAGGACGCGCCGGGGCCGCCUCCUCCCGCACGGACCCAUGAACCAGCCGGGCGGCGCGGCGGCUCCGCAGGCUGACGGAGCCAGUGCAGCCGGAAGGAAAAGCACUGCCAGCAGGGAGCGCUUGAAGCGCAGCCAGAAGAGCACCAAGGUGGAGGGCCCAGAGCCGGUGCCAGCUGAGGCCUCACUGAGUGCCGAGCAGGGUACGAUGACGGAGGUGAAGGUCAAGACAGAGCUGCCAGAUGACUACAUCCAGGAGGUGAUCUGGCAGGGCGAGGCCAAGGAGGAGAAGAAGGCGGUCAGCAAGGACGGGACGGGCGACGUGCCUGCCGAGAUCUGCGUGGUGAUCGGCGGUGUCCGCAACCAGCAGACCCUUGGGUCCUACGAGUGUGGGAUCUGUGGCAAGAAGUACAAGUAUUACAACUGCUUCCAGACCCACGUGCGGGCGCACCGAGACACCGAAGCCACCUCAGGGGAGGGAGCCUCCCAGAGCAACAACUUCAGGUACACAUGCGACAUCUGCGGGAAGAAGUACAAGUACUACAGCUGCUUCCAGGAGCACCGGGACCUGCAUGCUGUGGACGUGUUCAGUGUGGAAGGAGCCCCUGAGAAUCGGGCAGACCCCUUCGACCAAGGUGUCGUGGCCACUGAUGAAGUGAAGGAGGAGCCCCCGGAACCAUUCCAGAAAAUUGGGCCAAUGAACAAUAUUACAUCAGACAUUUUUAAGAAGAAAGAAGUUAGGCAAAGCCAAAAGAGAGAAACUGGGAAUUACACCUGUGAAUUCUGCGGGAAGCAGUACAAGUACUACACGCCCUACCAGGAGCACGUGGCCUUACACGCCCCCAUCAGUGCCGCCCCUGGGUGGGAGCCGCCGGACGAUCCAGACACGGGCUCUGAGUGUUCACAUCCAGAGGUCACCCCGUCUCCACGCUUCGUGGCAGCGAAGACCCAGACGAACCAGUCGGGGAAAAAGGCUCCGGCCUCCGUGGUCCGCUGCGCCACCCUCUUGCACCGCACCCCUGCCGCAGCCCAAACCCAGACGUUCCGCACUCCAAAUUCGGGAUCUCCAGCAAGCAAGGCGACUGCAGCAGAAAGCGCCUUUAGUCGAAGAGUAGAAGGCAAAGCACAAAACCACUUUGAAGAAACCAAUAGCAGCUCACAAAACUCCAGCGAAACUGCAAGUCCCCUGAUUUCCAACCCUUUCCCUCUCCUGCAGAAACCCUACACCUGCGGCGCCUGCGGGAUCCAGUUCCAGUUCUACAACAACCUGCUGGAGCACAUGCAGUCCCACGCAGCUGACAAUGAAAACAACGUCGCCUCCAACCAGUCCCGAUCUCCGCCCGCCAUAGUGGAGGAGAAGUGGAAGCCUCAGGCCCAGAGGAACAGCGCCAACAACACCACAACCAGUGGUUUAACCCCCAACAGCAUGAUCCCGGAGAAGGAGCGGCAGAACAUCGCUGAACGGCUGCUGCGGGUCAUGUGCGCCGACCUGGGCGCGCUGAGUGUGGUCAGCGGGAAGGAGUUCCUCAAGCUGGCCCAGACCUUGGUGGACAGUGGCGCCCGCUACGGAGCCUUCUCUGUCACCGAGAUCCUGGGCAAUUUCAAUACGCUGGCGCUCAAGCACCUGCCUCGCAUGUACAACCAGGUGAAGGUGAAGGUGACUUGUGCCUUGGGCAGCAACGCCUGCCUGGGCAUCGGCGUCACCUGCCACUCACAGAGCGUGGGCCCCGACUCCUGCUACAUCCUCACGGCCUACCAGGCCGAGGGCAACCACAUCAAGAGCUACGUGCUGGGCGUGAAGGGCGCAGACAUUCGUGACAGCGGUGACCUGGUGCACCACUGGGUACAGAAUGUGCUCUCCGAGUUCGUGAUGUCGGAGAUCAGGACGGUAUAUGUGACGGACUGCCGGGUGAGCGCGUCCGCCUUCUCCAAGGCGGGCAUGUGCCUUCGCUGCUCAGCCUGUGCCUUGAACGCGGUGGUGCAGAGCGUGCUGAGCAAGCGGACACUGCAGGCCCGCAGCAUGCAUGAGGUCAUCGAGCUGCUCAAUGUGUGCGAGGACCUGGCGGGCUCCACGGGCCUCGCCAAGGAGACCUUCGGGUCCCUGGAGGAGACGUCGCCGCCGCCCUGCUGGAACUCAGUGACGGACUCGCUGCUGCUGGUGCACGAGCGCUACGAGCAGAUCUGCGAGUUCUACAGCAGGGCCAAGAAGAUGAACCUCAUCCAGAGCCUCAACAAGCACCUGCUCAGCAACCUGGCCGCCAUCCUGACGCCCGUGAAGCAGGCGGUGAUCGAGCUGAGCAACGAGAGCCAGCCCACCCUGCAGCUGGUGCUGCCUACCUACGUCAGGCUGGAGAAGCUCUUCACCGCCAAGGCCAACGACGCGGGCACCGUCAGCAAGCUGUGCCACCUCUUCCUGGAGGCGCUCAAGGAGAACUUCAAAGUGCACCCGGCCCACAAGGUGGCCAUGAUCCUGGACCCGCAGCAGAAGCUGCGGCCCGUGCCGCCCUACCAGCACGAGGAGAUCAUCGGCAAGGUCUGCGAGCUCAUCAACGAGGUGAAGGAGUCCUGGACCGAGGAGGCCGACUUUGAGCCCGCCACCAAGAAGCCCCGCUCCGCAGCCGGCGAGCACCCUGCAGCUCAGGAGGACGACCGGCUGGGGAAGAGCGAGGUGUACGACUACCUGCAGGAGCCCCUCUUCCAGGCCACCCCCGAUCUCUUCCAGUACUGGUCGUGCGUGACCCAAAAGCACACAAAACUCGCCAAGCUCGCCUUCUGGCUCCUGGCGGUCCCAGCUGUGGGGGCCAGAAGCGGGUGUGUAAAUAUGUGUGAACAGGCACUCCUGAUCAAAAGGAGGCGGCUGCUCAGCCCGGAAGACAUGAACAAACUCAUGUUUCUGAAAUCCAACAUGCUUUAAGACUUUGGAACAAAGAGAAAAACAGAGACAAAAAAAGAGAAACGACCGUUAGAAAAAACACACAACACUGUCACAAAGAAAAGGAAUUUAAGUUCUAAACACUGUGGACCUCAUUAUAAAUGCCCCCUAGAAACUUAAGUGCUUUUUUUCAGUGUGUGUGUGCAUGUGUGUCCACAUCCACACGUGUGUGCGUGUGUCCAAACACACGUGCCGGGGUGUGGGGGGCCUUGUGCUCAUCCGCACAUCCAGAGAAGCUUUGCACACGCGUGCACACACAUACAUUCCUGGUGCGUGUGCAUGUACCUGCCCGCGGGUGCGUGUGCAUCGACUGGGUGUGUCAGGAAAGCCGAGCGACUGGGAAAGAGGGAGAAGUUUCACCUUUUCUCGGGAAGGGGCUCUAAAGACUCCAUUUUCAGGUGUGCAGAUCGGGAGAAGCUGAUGUGAAGUGUUCAGGCAGCUGAGAUCUGAAUGACUUGACGCUCCCGUCCUCCAGCCCGGCCCUCCCCCAGCCCUCCCACCCGGCUGCUCUGCCGCAGCGGGUUCUCCUGCCUCGGAUGGACGGUUUCUGCACUGGACUUUGUUUCUCAUUCACCUUCAGGGCAUUGAGCUGCUGCCUGUGGGGGCCCCCAGGGGCGUCUCCGGGCGGCCGCCUUAGAAACACACCUAUCUAGCUCCCUAAAUCAGGAAAAGGAGACUUUAAGAAUAUAAAGCUGACGUUUUGCUUUUUAAUAUAAGAGAGGGGAAAAAAAAAGACAUUUUUCAAGAGAAGUAUAGCUAAACUGUCUCCACUCAUUCUUUUUCCUAACAUUUUAGCGGUUUUCUCCUCUUUUGGGGGUGCGUUUCGUUUCUUCAGAUUUGAUUUAGACUCUGCUAGGAGGCACUGAAUGUCGAUAACUUCUGUUUCGGAGUUUCGCCCCGUUUGUUCCUCGAGUCACACUGUAAACUAGCUCAUCUCAGUGGUACAUUCAGUACCCGAAGGUUUUUACCUGCCUCCCCAGGCAUCCAGUUUUCUCCUGUUGACGGCAAGGUCAAGGUCGAGAGCAAGGUCUUGGCUGCGCUGUCUGCAGACCGGGGGUGGGGGAGGGGUUGCAGGAACCUCAGGCGUGGGGUCUGGUGGAAGCCAUAGGGGCAGCCCCUGGCUUAGGGGUUCUCAACACGAGCGCAGGAGCCGCCCUCCUGGUUCGCUGCGCCUGGUCAGCAAGGUCUGACUCCUGUACCCAGAGUGCUCUGCACUCCUCACCAGGGCCCCGACCCUUCCAGCUCAACAGGGACUUCCGCCUCGAUCCAUGUUCUCGUCCACCACACCCCAGACCCACAGCCUCUCCUCUUUUCUCGGCGUCCUAGGGGGUCCACAGCCCUCUGCCCAGGACGGUGGUUGAGCUUGAUGCCCUGUAGGUGGACACGUUGGAUUGAUGCUGUGAAGGGGUCCUUAGGCCUCUCUGCCGGCCCCCAGCCACGAGCAGUUGAUGUUCCAUAUGGUCCAGAUGCCGAAAGUGACACAGGAGGAUCAGCUCUCAACCCCCACCUGCCCAGCCUCUCAGUAGAGCUAGUGGUCCCAUGUCCCUCCGGUGACCAUGGCUGUGGGACAGGGACGGUCGCACUUCAGGUGGAGAAUGACCACUUUCGUGAGGGCUGCUGACAAAGGAACCCUCUCCCCUCCUGGGGGUGGCUGCAUGGACUCCCCCUCCCAGUAACGAAGCAUUACUCAACUGCAAGAUACCUCGACUACGAAGCACUGUAGCCCGCCCUGACCCUGGGCCCCCGCAGGAGGGAAGUCAAGCUGGUUGUGACUGAGAGCCCAGCACACUGUCCUUGAGGGCUGAGCCUUGGCCCUCCCCGCGGAGUUGCAGACAUUCCGAAAUGGAUCUUAGUGGGCCGUUUCCACAGCCGCUCCCGUGAGCCCCGGCUUGGCGCCACUGUGCCAUCCCUUCUCCUGGAGAAGUUCUGAUGAUUUCCUCCACGUCUGCAGCUCGGGUCCCGUCAUCAGGAGGGCCACGGUGGGGGAGGAACAGGGAGACCUGAUGGGAGCGAGCAUCGCUUCCUGGAGUGGAAACAGCAGCAGGCUGCUGACCUUCUGGGCAUUCCGGAAACAGCUCUCGGCUGCUGCUGAGGGACAGGUGUCCACGGCUGUGCCUGACAGUGGAGGUUGGGGCCACGACCUGGAGGCACACCAGCCCGGAGCUGCCUGCUUUGUGUUAUCCGCAGGAGCAGUCUUGGAGCAGAACUGUGCCGGGGCCCUGCGUGGGGGCCGUUGAAUUUGAAAGUGGGCUUUUCGCUCUUGGAAAGCGUCUUCCGAGCGCGAGUGUGCAGUCAGAACACUCAGCAUUCUCUCUUUGGCGCAUGGGAUGUUUGCCCUCCAGAAAGGUAGAGAGAGUCUGAACUCAAGGUAUCUGGCCAUAGGUUGUCACCUCUGUCUCGUUCUUUUGCACCUCAGUCAGUGCUUGGGGCUUAGCUCGCCUUGCAGGUCUGAUGCGAAAGCCACUCCAUCCUCACAAAGCUGUCUUCUGGGGCCGCCUCGUCCACGCAGCAAGGUGGGAGGCAGUUUCUCUCUUGCAAGCUCUGGUUCCUCAGAAACUCCUGCCACCAGUCCUGCUGCGCAGACAGCUUAACAGAACCCAAAGAUCUCACAGGCUCAGCCACUGGCCCUCUGUUUCCAGCAAUAUCCACCUUACCAAAUUCUAGUUCAGCCAAAGGAUCCAGGCAGGCUCUCCCAGCUCAUCUUGGGGUGCCUGGCCUGGCCCUGACUGUCAGAAGAUUGUCAUCUGCUUCUUGAUGCUGUGACCACUGCAGAUCUUUCCACCACAGACCUUUGGGGGCUGGGGGACCAGGAAGUUGGGCUGUUUCUGUCAAGGUGGUGGCCUGCUGACUUGGAUACAGCUUGCCUCAAGCCAUGGGAUUCCCAGGACAGGAAUGGCCUUUGUUUUGACAUCCAUGGACCCAAAAGAAAAUAUACCUCCACUUAGCAGGAUUUCCCUCUCAUCUGAAGUCACAUUGUCACCAACACAGCCUAAGCGGAGGACCUCACCAUUGUGGUCUCAGACUUGGAGUAGCCUGAGGGGUCCCAGGCCCACCAGGAGCUAGGCUGCCAUCCCAGUUGUGGGUAGAUGCACCUGUUCCUGCCAGGCCAUCCUCCAGAGCCAUACAGAAACCAGGAAACUAACAGUACCACCAUCCCCUCCCCUGGGUGCCGUCACACUGGGCUGGGGAAAGGGCGUCGAGGACUCCUGGUGAGAAGAGAGGUCCGGUGGCACAGAUGAGAAGCCGCAGGUCUCCAGAACCCUAGGAAGGAGUUUUGCCACCAGCUGCGUGGGCUGGCCAAGUGUUCCCUCUUUGAGUUUGACCCUUUAUCUCCUGCACUUUGAAGAAACAGCAGGGAAGAAUUCUGCAAGUCGUUUUCCACUGUGAAGCUGAACCUCUGCCUUUAGGAGUCUCCUGUUGGUGAGUGAGGCCACCUCUGUCGCUGGACUUGGGCUGGGCUCCUGGAAGGGUGGGCACCUGGAGAGAUGUCAGGGAUGCAUCACAUACUCUCUGGGGCCACGGGGUCACCAGGAAGGUCUGCAGUGAAGCCGGGACACGGAUGGAGAAGGGAGGCCCACGAGAGGCCAGGCAGGGAACACCCUGAUCUCGUCCCCUGCUGGGCUCCACGGGCAUGGCUGGCAGUCUCCUCGCCUCCUGGGCUGCCCCUGGGGAGCUUGACAAGGCCCCUUCCCUGUAUGUGUCUGCAGGAAGCCCCUGGGAAGGCUGCUGGUCCAGACAGAACUGAGACUAAGGCUCAGUCUGCCCUGGAGGCAGUAGAUGGGGCUUCUGUCCCGGCCCGGCCAGCCCCAGCCCAGAGCCUGUCCCCAGCCGGGCGGGCAGUGGGAGAACUGAAGGACCCCCGCUCACUGUGGCUAAUGUUUGCUAGGCCAGUUUUGGUGAACCAAUGAUACAGUGUUUCCCUCUUCUGUUUCCCCCAGGCUCCCUGCCGGGCCUUCGGGGCUUUCGUUGUUGUAGUUGUUUUCCUCCUCUCGUUUGGGUCUGAGGAUCGAGGUCGGGAGAGUCCUGGCUUUCACCGAAGGAGGCCUGUGGUUUCUGUGCCAAGAGACGCCUGCUCCCACUGGGAUGGGGGCCGGUGUGAGGUCACGGCCCGACAUUCAUGCCUCCCGCCACCUCAGACGUGGCUUCGGGGAUCCGACUCCUGUGCAGAGGAGGAGUCGCAGGUCUGUAGCUGGGCGCUGGCAUCACGGCCCACAGGGUCCAACCCUCCCAAGCGUCCCACUGGGCAUCUUGACUCUUCGAACCAAAGUUCCUUAAAGGGGCACAGCCCAGCCUUGUCCACAACCUCAGGGGCCUGGGAUUCCCGCGGCGCACCCUGAAAUCCCGGCCCGCACAGACUGGGGUCUGAGGCCCGUGCAGGGAGGGGCUCCUUCCAAACCCAGGCGUAGGCCGCUCUCUGCCCGGCCCGCCCGGCCAGCGGCUUCCACGACUUCCACGUGGUGAGCCAGGUGGGCUGGGCCUCGCUCGCCACCUGGAGAGAGCAGGAGCCCCGCGCCGGCGGUCCAGACCUCAAGCAUCAGGAAACCAUUUUGUACAACCACCGAAGCAGAGAUAUUUUGUAAGAAGCGUAAAUUAUUUUCAGUUGUUUUCUGGUCCUACCUUUUCUUUUCCCCACAACUCCACGUUGGCGAUUCGCUCACAUCAGGUAAAUCUUGAGAAAGCCUUGGUGCCCUCCUGCCCCCUGCCCCCUGCCCUGGUCACCGCGCGUGCGCCCUCGUCCCUUCUCAGUAGUGACAGCGUUCUAGGCAAUACCAUGGACACAUCUGACUGUGUCUGUCUCUCCGAGUGCAAGAAACUCAAGUCAUCUUAAAAAAAAAAAAAACAAAAAAAACAAAAAAAAAAACAAAAAAAAUUUACAAAAAAACAAACAUACAAAAAAAAUAUCUUUUUUAGGCCAGAGUUUUCUACAGGUAUUAAUGAAUAUUUUUCUUAAUCCUUAUAAGUUUUAUGUGUUUAAUAUUUCUUAAUACCGGUAGCAUUAAUUUAUACUUUUGUAGCAACACAAUAUUUUUAUAAACAGCCAGUGCUUGGCUCAAGUCUUCACGGGGGUUUAUGCAGGGCCAUCUUGGGGACCCUGUGUACCAUGUACUGUAUUUAAAAAAAAAAAAAGUUACCUAGUGUCACACUUGCUGUGUUGAUUAACAGAAGGCGUUCUUGGCGGUCUCCUGUGUCGUCGGUGUGCGUUCAGCGCCUCUCCGAGGAGUCAUUGCAUGGGGGUUGAGUUGAGGUUCUUGUGAUAUGUGAACCCCCGAGGCCAAACUUGAGGGUUUAUUUAGGGUUUUCUGUGUGUCCUUUGGGUUUUUCUUUUCACUUUGUUUUGGUACCGUUUCUCCAUUUACAGCCAAAUCAGUUUUCAUGAUGUUUAAAACUUUUACUGAUGUCAAAUGGAGGAAAGGAACAGGAAAAAAAAAAAAAAAAGAAGAAGAUUUUUACGAAGUAAUAAAAUUUAAAAC